AUGUAUUUCCACCGUUUUUGUCUAUCCUUUAGUGCAUUCUGGCCUACUUCUCUUGAUAAAGAGUGCGAUAAGUGUGCAAGGAUCUUAUAUACCUUCAGCCAACGUCAAAGUUCUCAACCUCUUACAAUCGAACACGAUUCCUACUCCUUUCGAAAGACGCAAAAGGUAAUCAAGACGAUUCCAGUUAGUGUGAUCCAACAAGCCGAAGGUUUAGCAAUCUUCACUGUCUUUCGUACUUCACCUGGUUGGACUGCUGCUUCUGGUUCUGGAAUUGUUAUUUCGAGGGAUUCUCCAACUACUUGGGGUCCACCGAGUGGAAUCUUGAUCCAUACUGUCGGUGUUAACUUCUUAGCUGGUAUUGAUGUUUACGAUGUCGUCUUGGUCUUGCGAACUCGUGAAGCCGUCAUGGCAUUUGCAACCCCAAAGGUAUCAUUAGGGAUCAGUCUUCCUGUGGUAGCGGGACCCGUCGGAAAUAGUCUAAAUUUAGAGGCUGUCUCACCGGAUAGUCCUGCUUUUGCAUAUACAAAGUCUAAAGGUAUCUACGGUGGCCUACAGCUUGAGGGUAAUGUAAGACUCAACGAUCGAUCACUAUCCUUUCUACUUAGUUGUUUAUCUAAACCAAUUCUGUAUUUUCUUUGCUUUCUCUAUGGUAUUUGCUAUCAUAGUUCAUUUUCGAGUCGGCCGAUGAGAAGGUUACAUUUCCAUGGAAGGCGGAUUAGAGCUGAACAACUCCUUAACGGUGGAGCAGUCGCUGUUCCUCGGGCUGCACUGGGGCUGAUUUCAACCAUCGAGGUGGCUGAAGGCAAGCCAGUUGAUCCCGACGAUCUACCUGAUGACAUAGACGUGGCACCGAGCGAACAAUCGAGUGGAGUUUCGACUGUUCAAGAGAGUCGUCAACGCGCAAGGACAGAAGUCGUCGAUGAGGGUACGACGGAGGCGACCAUCGUCAAAUCUACGCCCUUGACACUCACCAAUGCGGAUCGGGCAGCCCGGCGCCGUACCUUACCACCAUUACCUUUGUGUCUACCACAGACUCCUCAGCAAGCGACUGCCAGUGGAUGUUUGAGCGCUGAUCAUACGGUUCCAUUGAAUUCAGUCAAUGAGGAACUUGAAAUGAUCAAACCAAGACCUGAAUUACCACCAAUCCCACCACGCAGACGAAAGGUUUCUUCUACACCUUCCACCCCCGGGACUGUAGAAGAUUCAGUGACCACUCGAGUUCGUGGUUCAACUGAGUUAUCUUCAAGUCAUGUUUCUGUUAGCUCGACUCUCUUGGAACAAGAAGUAUUUGUGGAUGCGGACGAUGCACAAGUCACAUCCAAACUUCAUUCACCUUCACUUUCACAAACUUCAAUUAAGAUAGUUGAAGCCGAUGAAUAG